AACCUCGCCAAUUACAGUCAGACUUGCUGAUAUCUAGAUGUUAUACCAAGUGCUGAAUCCUCGCCGCGUCGCGGACUUUAGUACCCGUCGGGUCGAGCCCAAUCGUGUCAAACUUGAAGCCCGCACCCGUAUUGACUCGUUCUCGCCCGCCGUCGUCGUGCUAUAAAUAUCUUCGGCGGCCGGUGAGUCGAAAACUGAACCCCUUCCCAUCACAGAGGCCGUAGAAGCAAACGAAGAAGCCUGAGAUGAGCAGCAGAUCCGCUUCCACGCUUCCCUCUUUCCUCCUCCUCCUUCUCUUCUUCCUUGCCUCGCCUAUUCUCUCCUCCGCGGCCAAGCUGGGAGAGGCAUGCUCGGCCGACGGGGACUGCGACGCCGGGCUGCGCUGCGACGGUUGCGGCGAUCAGCAGGGCGCGUGCGUGCGCAUUCAGCCGUACGAUCCGAGAUCGAAGGGGAAGGAUCUGCCGUUCAACAAGUACUCGUGGCUGACGACGCACAACUCGUACGCCAUGACGGGGGCGAGCUCUGCCACCGGUGCUUCCCUUCUCACCUUCACCAACCAGUUGGACAACGUCACCUCCCAGCUCAAUAAUGGUGUCCGAGGUUUGAUGCUGGAUAUGUACGACUUUGAAAAUGACAUCUGGCUUUGCCACUCCACUGGAGGCCAAUGCUAUAACUACACUGCUUUUCAACCUGCCAUCAAUGUUCUCAAAGAAAUCGAGACGUUCCUAGCAGCAAACCCUUCGGAAGUCAUUACCAUAUUCGUUGAAGACUACGUCAAAUCCACCAAUGGCCUCAGCAAGGUGUUCAAUGCUUCAGGUCUCAUGAAGUAUUGGUUUCCGGUGGACCAGAUGCCCAAGAAUGGCAGUGACUGGCCUUUGUUAAGUAACAUGAUCAACAAGAAUCAGCGUCUUCUGGUCUUCACAUCUAUAGCUUCCAAGGAGGCUUCUGAGGGCAUUGCAUACGAGUGGAAUUAUUUGGUAGAAAAUCAAUAUGGUGAUCAAGGAAUGAAUCCAGGCUCAUGCCCCAAUCGAGCAGAGUCAUCACUCAUGAGCGCCACGUCCAAAUCUCUUGUACUGAUGAACUAUUUUCGAACGGUUCCGAGUCCAGCUAAUGCUUGCACUGAUAACUCUGACUCACUUCUUAGCAUGCUUCAAACUUGCCAUGAUUUGUCAGCCAACCGCUGGGCCAACUUUGUAGCUGUUGAUUUCUACAUGAAAGGUGAUGCACCUGAAGCUGCAGAUGUAGCGAAUGGCCAUAUGGUUUGUGGUUGUGAUAAUAUUGCCUACUGCAAGGCUAAUGCCACCUUUGGCACUUGUGAUGCGCCUCCAAAGCCGUCACCAGCAACGCCUACCUCAGUUCCGACAUCUGAUGCCUCCAUUGUCGGAAGAUUCUCUACGUUUUCUACGGUGAUACCAAUCACUGUAACCUUGCUACUGGGGAUUAUUUCACUUUGACCAAUUUGCCGUAUGAGUUGAUUCCUGUUUGUAUGAAUUGGUGGCCAAUUUAUUUUAUGGGUGAUUUUAUUUUGUUAAUUA